AUGGAGGAGGAGGAGGAGGAGGAGGAGGAGAAGGAGGUGACUGAGGGGUACGUUGAGCAGUACAUCAGGGUGGUUGAGUUCAAGCAUGAAACCCACAGGUAGAAUACUGCAACGUAGACGGCUAAAGGAACACUGAGGCCCAGGCGCUUUUUCUUGCCAGGAGGAGCACUCAUAUUGGAAUUUCAAACUAGGGUAAGGGUUAAGUUUAUGCGCGGGGUAGGAGGAGGAGGAGGAGGAGGAGGAGGAGGAGGAGGAGGAAAUGAGCCUUUUCCUACCCCGCGCAUAUACUUAAUCCCUACCUCCACUAGGAAUUCGGCUGGGGCGUGAAUGCGCUGCGGGGCUGGGGACGCACUGUCCCACUUGGAGUAGCCAUGCUAUUCCUAUACGGCAUUGUCAGUAAACUGGGCUGGGCCGUCUCGUUUUUGGACGUGCAGAGUGGCCGGAAGUGUGUUGCGAUUGGGGCUGGGGUGACCCCAUACUGUGGGUCAAGAGGAAGUUGUAAUUGGCGACGCAUAAGACAGGUCAGUGUCCGGCACUCAUUAUUAGAGUGCAGGUCCAUAAUAAAAGCCGGAGAAGGGGGUGUGUCGGCACGCCUAGACGCAGACCCACUCCGCGCCAGCCACCUGCGCCCGAUCCCGCCUCCGGCCUUUUUAACUCCGUCUUGAAACCGGGCCUAGGAGGGUGAGGGAGGAGAGAGUGCGGUGCAUGCGGCGCGGGCUUACUAUCACCAUAAAGUCAUUCGAGUGCAAGUCGUCGCCCCCCGUAGUCUUGUAAUUCUGAGUAACAAGUUUUUAUGACCUCAAUUUGCGCGGGCAGUCUAGUAAUUGCAUAUCCAUUGGCAUAUUUCACUCCAUGUGUCCUGAUAUUUUUGUUUCUUUUGUGUGUCCACACUAAGGCAAUGAGGUCAUCCGUACGACACGCUUGCCCCAUUUUAAAGGAAUUAGAGUAUUGCGUAAAUUCAGCAUUAAACUUGUUGACAACUGGUCACGACACAAACUGUUACACUCUGUGGCCAAUAUGUCGUAUUCGUGAUCCUCUCACGUUAUCUCCCCUACAUUUCCAUCAGAAAAGGACUUCGUAUCGCUGUAGCUGGCAAGUUAUACCUAGGUGUCCCCCAUAUUCCCACACUCAACCCGUUUUAAGGCGAACUUUAAUCGAUUUAUCUUAUCACUGACGUGUUUUUACUUCUACCCCCUUCCCAUAUAAUUGCUCUGGCCCGACGAGAAUUAAUCAAAAGCUACGUAUGCUCACCACCUCGUCUUCUGAUUUCUGCUAUGGGAAUUUCCGAAACUCCAGAGAAAAGUUGUCAUUUAUUGGCCUCCUUCGGUUAUCACAAGAGUACACUUACACUGAAGUUGGCUAUCUUUUGGAAACCCGUCCUUCUAUUGAUUUUAAAACGAUUGCAAAUAUUCAUCGAGCAGCAGAGUUGGAGGAGUGGCUAUUUUUCGUCAGCCAAACUGAUGGACAAAAUUCGAUAUCAUAGUGCAACGACAUUUCACAAUAGUCAAACAAUUGGCUGAUUGAAUUUUAAAGCAAGCAAGGACAGCAAAAUUUAAUGGCACCAGAAAAUUUCGCGACGGCUUCUUAACUGCAGCCUGUCGUUGCAUAACACAGAUAACAAGUGAGAACGGUACAGAGGUUUGAAUUUCGACGGAAAAAAUCAAUAUAAAACAGCAAGGUCAACGUAUACUGCGCGUAGACUAAUCGAUAAAAUGGUAUUUUCAAAAUGUAACAGAGGAAUGAAAAUAGGGAAGUAAACAUGCUGAUGGAUUUCGAAAAUCAAAAGGACUCAGGCCUACCAGGGCAAACUGAGGUUGACCAAGUGGUCUAAUUGUUUACAUAGGUCGGGUUUCUCCCGCCGUAUAUAGGCUGCCUCCAGGUAGCGCAAUAACCGAGUAGUUCGUGCUCGAACUAAUACUCGAAAAGACGUUUUGGGGUCACCCGAAUGGCCACUAUCAAGGAGAUGUUUUGUAAUAGAAGACCGUGGAAUCUUACCCUCCUGCUUUAGAAGCCAUUUUGAAAUUCCGCAGCAUGUUUACUUUCCUAUUUUCAUUCCUCUGUGGCAUUUUGAAAAUAUCAUUUUAUUGAUUAGUCUACGCUCAGUAUACGUUGACCUUGAUGUUUUCUAUUGAUUUUCUCUGUCGAAAUUCAAACCUCUGUACCAUUCUCACUUGUUAUUUGUGUCAUACAACGACAGGCAGCAGUUGAGAAGCCGUCGCGAAAUUUUCUGGUGCCAUUAAAUUCUGCUGUCCUUGCUUGCUUUAAAUUCAUUCCGGGGAAACAUUGCUUCAUGACUGAAUUUUGAAUGAUAAUGUCCAUCCCCUUCACUCUGAACUAAUUGAUGUGAUCUCAUCCCUCCCCGUGUAUUGGGGCUUUUGACUUAUCCCUUGCCACACAUCAGAAUAUCAGCAUUCUAUAUUACCGUUUCCAGCACUAUACAUUACGUGUAAAGAAGGGGAAAUACAGGAUGAUAUAAAGAUCUGGAAAACAAUCAGCUGUGUUGAAGAUGCGCAAAAGCUACAGGAAGAUGUUAAUAAGCUGGCUGCGUGGUCCAGCAAGUGGCUUCUAGCGUUCAACGUAUCCAAGUGUGUAGUCUUGCGACUAGAAUCUGGACGGAGGCGCUUCCCAAAACAUCAGUACAUCAUAAAUGGGGUUCUACUAAAUGAAGUGGACACGCACAAAGACCUAGGUGUCUGGACAUGCUCAAACUUGCUGCCCUCUCAGCACUGCAAAAGAGUCGUCCAAAAGGCAACCAGCAUCAUGCACUGGAUUAGGCGUGCCUUCAAAACCUUUCCUCCAGAACUCUUCUCACAGAUAUUCGGCACAUUCGUCAGAUCGCACUUGGAAUACGGAAUACCAUCAUGGAUGCCCUGGAUGAAGAAAGACAGUGAUCCCAUAGAGCAGGUGCAACGACGGGCCACAAAACUGGUGGACGGUCUCAGGACUCUGUCAUACCCUGAAAGACUGAUCCAGUUAAAUUUGUUCCCCCUAUCCUAUAGAAGAAUGAGGUGUGACCUGUUAUGGACAUUCCGCAUUAUCCACGGGCAUGAAUGUUCGCUCAAAACUGACGACUUCUUUGAAUUCACGACCACGAGUCACCUGCGCGGUCACCCUUACAAAGUCAAGCGGGAGCGUACACGCCUAGACAAUCGGAAGUUUUCCUUCAGCCAGCGUGUUGUUCGACCAUGGAACUCACUCCCAAGUGAAAUAGUGACAUCUGGUACAAUCGCUGUAUUCAGAAGGCAGCUGGAUCGUUUGAUAUUUGAUAAACGACGACUUUCACAACAGGACUACCUGCGGCCAGCCAUAAAUUUAAUUUCUUGAUUUCAUCCCUACUUAACACACCCCUGACUCUUAAUGAGAUGCCCCCUCUCAAACUAUGCAAAUGACUGCACUUUAUGCUGAUUGUAUAUAACUGCACUUAAAAUUUCUUGUGUACACUGAGAAGACCGCCUGCCGCACCCUUUGCAGUCCCGCAUUGUGAACGUUUUCCGUGAACAAAUAUGUUACUGACAAAAGUUUAGUAAGAUGUAUAUUUACCAUUUAUAUUUUAUGUACCGUUUUCAAUAGGGUCAUCAAGGGCAUUGCCUAUUACCCUAAAAUACAAUACAAUACAAUACAAUACAGGAACUGAGACUUGAACUGUCGGCGUAAGAGGCAUUCACUUUUAGGCAAACCUACCUACUACUACAUCACUUGCAAAUCCCUAUUCUGAUUUAAAUGUAUGGGGCGGCUACUGAUGAAGGUUUCAAACAAUAAUUUCCAAAUAAAGCAUAUUACUCUCUCUCCCCCUCUCUCCCCUUCUCUCUCAACCUGCUAUGGAACGCACUGUGGACAUCGUUGGUAACGGAGAUCGAAAUGUAGCUGGACAAUCAUUAAAACCAAGGUUUUUUUUAGAAGAAUUGAACUUCAUCAAUUUUCAGGUGUCACAAACUGCACUUGGCCCAAACUUUGAAUCACAAACAUAAAUAAAUUUAAAUGGUGUUAUCGGUGGGGCGGGUAGAGGUGUAGGUGCAUACGGUCGAUCGGGAGGUUGCAUAUCCCAAGGUCGGUUACAGCCAAAUUUCCCUAGACAACGAGAUAAUGAAGCCGCAGAGGACGGAGACUAGAGGAGGAAAAAGGCUUUCGAGUACCUCUACGCGCACGUCGGGGCAGAAAAAGGAGAAAAAUGCCAUCUAAGGCUGCCAUCAAUGCUAAUUGGCUGCACCAGGACAAAGCUCAAACGCGUGCAAUUCAGCCGUCACUCGUUUGGUUAGAGCGCAUACUGCAACUGCUUGCUUGACCACCUAAAUACUCUCUCGCCUCAGCAGAGUCCGUUCAACCUAGCCUAUCUUCCCUGACUUCUGAUUUGGCAGCAUUCGUGUUGACAAGAGAGACAGUAUCACCGACGCAAAUCAAUAUCCCGCCAAACUAGAUUGUCCAGUAAUAUGUACCAGUAGCGUACACGCUACGAAGUCGGAAUAUCAAUUAUUAGCAAACACCGAAUAUCUAAAUAAAAAAAAUUAAACAGAGAGAGAGAGAGAGAGUGGACUAGAAAAUGUUUAUUUUGUUGAGCUAUUUAGACCACAGUGACACGCAAGAGGGCAGGCAUCGACCAAAUUCAGUUCGCCGCUUCGAUUCCCUUCAGGUAGUUUGCAAGACGUCUGCGCAGUCGCUGGCGAACUAAAAUUAAUUGGAUGAUUUGGUAACAUAAUCAGAAUGACAUACUUUCACGGAGGAUUUCCUUCGCCUUUACGAUGUGCUUAGCGAUCCUCUGUCCGAGGGGGUUGUUGUCGAAGUAGUCCUCAAGUGCGGCAAUCGCGGCCACUCGACGGGCACGCAGGGCACGGAUGGGGUUGGUCUGGUGUAUCAACGAGAUCUCUGCAUUAGCGUAUGAUCAGAUUUGGGGAUUGGAAUCAACCAGACACUUCACUCCCCACCAAACAGCCUCCCUUCCCACGUAACUACUGCUCUCCCGCUGUUUGACAAUACACAUGACCUUACUACUGAUAAACAUAUUGCUUGAACUGCCACGAACAAGGGGAUUAAAAAUACGACUUCACGCAUCUCAGAUGCCGUCACAUCAUCCAUCUCUGCUUGGCUUGCUACAAUCUUCCGUCCGCGCAUACGCUAAUGGCUACUUGAUGUGGCAUCAUCUGUGAUUAAAAUAUACCUGCAAGUGCUGCUCGUUUACUCAGUGAGAUGUCUAAUGCAUUUCGUGGCAUAACGGAGUUUGCAUGCAGACAGCACUUACACCUGACCUGACCUGACCAAUCAAACUGCCUCAAGAACCCUCAGGUAUAGGUACUGUUCGUGGGCAUGUAAUUCGGCAGCUGCAGUGACGACUUACCUCCCUAAAGGAGAAAGAGUGAGUGGUUAGAUGGUGUUCAGAAGGCAGGACUUACUCCUGAGCCAUGGCAACCACGGCGACAGCCAGAAGGGUAAGAAUGAGGAUGCGCAUUUUGGCAGGUGGAGGCAGACGACGACGACUUCGAAUUUGGUCGUGUUCGCAACCACUUAUAUAUAUGCGUGUGCGUGUUAGUUCCAGGGGUGCACCAUUAAUUGGAUUCUGUACCGGAUAAUCCAUUAGCUAGGGUGCACGCCAACUACCGGUCUGCAGACUCUCACGCAUGGCCCCCUUGAUCCUGUGUUGCAGAUUGCAGGAGAGUUCGACGUGGCAUGGGCAAUGGCCCUUGCUGUAGUUGUACGACCAGCCAGACUAACUGAUGCGAUUGUUUGAGGGCUGUACAAUCUUACACUGACGAGCAUAUUUUGCUUCUAAUACACCGCUGGCUGCAGAAGGAUGUAGCAUAGAUGACGCGGAAUGGGUCCAGCCGUGCAGAUAGGACUAGUGUAAGUCUGGAAGAUAUUCGCUGUCGUAGUAGAUUCCUGUUUUCUUCAGUAAUUGGCGCUUCGCGAAUGACAGAUUCCGCAGCGGCGAUGCGCGGGAAGCCAAUCUGAAGCAGAAGUUGACCACAUUCAGUGAAAUGAAUCCAAAUCUCUGCCAUGAUAAGGUUGUGCACAACCUAUCUUCUGAACAACUGACAGCAGAGCAGAUAAAAGUGCUGAGACGUGAUGCCUGCUUCAAUACUACGGAUGCGAAUAUCCUCCAGACUCAUGUCCCACAAGCAACUCAAAACACUUUCAAAAGCAGAAGACGAAGCACUCCGGACGUUAAAGGCUGACAAAAGCAUUGUCAUACUCCCAGCCGAUAAAGGGCGAUUGACGGUUGUACUGAACAAAGACGACCACAUCAACAAAGUUGAUGAACUUUUGGGCGACAGAACUGCCUCGUGAAGGCGACACGACGAAGACGCUGAUAAGCGAAAUCAGCAAGGACCUAGCGAGUCUUCGAAAGUCAAAAGCAAUAACACAGCUUGACUGGCUGAGGAUGAAACCAAAGGAUUCAGCGAUCGGGAGAUUCUAUGGUCUGCCCAAGGUCCAUAAACCAGGAACUCCCGUACGGCUGACUGUUUAUCUAAGAGGCACCCCAGCGUUUGGCCUGGCCAAGUGGCUGUGUUAGCGUCUGAAAUUUAUAACUCAGGGUUCUGAAACAUGCGUUCACUCAGCCGAAAGAUUCAUCGAAAAGCUGCAAGGUAUUCGACUUACAGAGGACGAAGUGAUGGUUUCUUUCGACGUGAUAUGACUUUUCACUCCCAUCCCACAGCAUCUCACGGUUGAAACCCUGCAAACCCUGUUAGAAGAACAUUAUGACGAAACGGACAAAAAACUCAGGACAAAACACCUUAUUGAUCUCCUGAAGCACUGCUUGAAGACUUUCUUCACCUUAAACGGAGCUGUGUAUGAACAAGUUAAAGCUACACCCAUGGGGUCACCGCUAUCCAGCUUGAUUGCUGAGGCAGUGUUACAGCGACUGGAGGCACUGACUUUUGACCACUAUCGGCCACGACUGUGGGUACGGUAUGUCGAUGACACAUUUGUCAUCAUCAAUCGGGAUAAGAUUGGGGAAUUCAGGCGACACCUCAACUCGAUCUUCCCAGACAUCCAGUUCACGAUGGAGGAAGAAAGAGAUUGCCAGUUGUCGUUUCUUGACGUACUAGUUCGGAGAAAUGGUGAUGGUGAACUAAAAACAACGGUUUACCGCAAGGCAAUGAAAAGCUUCCGUCUUCUCAGUUGCCUUAGCAACCAUCCUCUCUCGCACAAACGCAGCUGCGUGGGAACACUCUACCGGCGUGUAGAAACCCAGUGCACCGAGCCAGCCGACAAGAAGGCUGAGGCCCAGUUCCUGCGGGAACUCUUCACAGCGAACGGCUACCCUGGGAAUGCUGUCGAAAAGUGCAGGCGAGAAACCCCCCCGGAAGAAAACCGAAGGGGCACCCAAAACCGAAAUGCUGGCGUGCAGUGCCGUAAAUAG